AUAAAUAAACAAUAAAAUAACUUCAUUGAAUUUCUCUCGGAUUAAAUGGCGCGUGUCUAAACAUCAUUAAACUUUGCUCUAUUUAAUAUUAAUUUCCUUUAUAAAACUUCAUCAGUCAUUUCUAUAAGGAAUGUGUCAGAGGUGGAGUUACUGUGUCUGUGUUCAGGAAUAAUAAUAUAAUAAAUAAUAUUAAUAUUUCUAAUGAAUUAUUUAAAAAUAAAAUAACAAUCAAGUCAGCCCCCGUUGUUAUCGUUUAACACCUCCGCGUUCUCGCGCUACGUAACAGCGUGCGUACGUAAAAACGUGCUACCAUGGAAACUGAGAGACGCGUUGUGCUUUCCGGAAGUAGCUCGCUGAGGCUUUCUGCGUGUUGUGUGUAAAAAAGAAAAAGUAAAACGCGGUUGAUUGUUUAGUUUGAGGAGUGAGUAGAAGAGUGAGGAGUGUGUAGAAGAGUGAGGAGUGUGUAGAAGAGUGAGGAGUGUGUAGAAGAGUGAGGAGUGUGUAGAAGAGUGAGGAGUGUGUAGAAGAGUGAGGAGUGUGUAGAAGAGUGAGGAGUGAGUAGAAGAGUGAGGAGUGUGUAGAAGAGUGAGGAGUGUGUAGAAGAGUGAGGAGUGAGUGGAAGAGUGAGGAGUGAGUAGAAGAGUGAGGAGUGAGUGGAAGAGUGAGGAGUGAGUGGAAGAGUGAGGAGUGAGUAGAAGAGUGAGUAGAAGAGUGAGGAGUGUGUAGAAGAGUGAGGAGUGAGUGGAAGAGUGAGGAGUGUGUAGAAGAGUGAGGAGUGAGUGGAAGAGUGAGGAGUGAGUGGAAGAGUGAGGAGUGAGUAGAAGAGUGAGGAGUGAUGAUGAGUGUCACGCUGAGUGCGGUGUCUGUGCUGCGGGUGUGUGCAGUGCUGCGGGACUGCUCCGAUCAGCUCGCCGUGCUCGGGAACAUCAUGUCCGGGACUCUCGGAGACACGACCGCCGCCGGCGCUACGGUCAUCUCCGAGAACAUGAGGACGCUCCUGCAGGAGAACAGAGCAGCUCAGCUUCACCUGAAGGAGACUCGUGAAGGCCAGGCUGAGGACAGCACCGUGUCUCAGGCUGUACACCAGCUCCACAGGACACAGAGGGAACUGGAGCAGAUGAUGAUGAUGGGCUGUCCGAUCUCAUCUGAUUACAGCAACAAGGUGCAGAGUGACCGGAAGUUUGUGGCCCGUCUGAUCGGUGACCUUCUGAUGGAGCUGAAGGAGGAAGGAACCUUCUCCAGUCUGAUCCACACUGUGGAGGAGGAGAAGAGGAGUGAAGCUCAGCUGCAGGAGAUAAUCCACAGAGAGGAAGAGGAUCGUCUCCGGAUCAGAACCCUGCAGAAACAUCUGCUCGAGAUCCGCAGAGAGACGAAACUCCAGAUCCAGGAGCGUGACAAAAUGGCGGCUCACCUGGAGGAUCAGCUGCAGGAGCGGAAGAUGAAGAAAAGCCUGCAGGAGAAGUACAUGAAGAACAGCACGCAGCUGCUCGUCUAUCAGGGACAGAAGCUGAACAGCCACAUGGAGGGGCAGCUGGUGGCUGAGAUAGAGGUGCUGAAGAAGAAACUGAUGGAGGAGGAAAAGUCUCAUAAAGAGCUGGAGGCUUUCCUUAAAAACAAUCAGGAGAGUCUGGAGAAAAAGCUGGAGUACUGGAUGGAGCGCUAUGAUAAAGACACGGAGGACAAACAGCAGGAGCUGACCACUCUAAAGACCAACAAGUCCAACAACCUGGCACAGAUACACGACGGGGUCGGGAAGUACCAAGACUGUGAGCAGGUGAUAAAGGAGGACAGAUUGGAGAAGGACGAUCUGCGCAAACAGCUGGAGAACGAACAGCUACAGAGGAAAGCGGCUAUAAAGAUUCAGUCGUGUUGGAGAGGAACCAUGGUCAGGAAAGGACUCGGCCCCUUCAAAAAGGCCAAGAAACCCAAGCAGAAAAAGGAGAGCAAAAAAGGAAAGAAGAAGUGAAGUGACGGAGGAGAAAAAAAAUCAGACACGUAGCAGAAAUGGGAAACUUUAUUAAUUCAUUUUAUAAUAAAUCCAAAUGUUCAGAAAAUACUUUUAAUAUUUUACUAAUUUUAUAACAUUACAGUAAAAGCUUUAACGGGACAAAAAAA